AUGGCCGUUUCAUUGGUCAGAGCCUGGCUGGAAGGGGACUGGAGAAUGCUGACACCUCGCAUGCUAGCGUGGACCCAGGCGAUCAGCUGGUGGCUGGCCUUUUCAGUUGUCAUGACAGGCACGCUAACUGGUGUCCGAGAUUUAGUCUUAUCUGCGUUUGCUGAUUCACUUAUCAGAGCAAGUGGAAGCCCGAAGCGUCAGACUCGCUGGAAGCUUAAGAAGAGAGGCGUGCUGGUUAUAGCGAACCUCCAGCUCUCUCCAUUGCUUCUUGAUGACCUGGACCUCCCGGUAUUAGCACAUUCAGCAAAGGUGGAGACACUGGAACUCUCACUCCCCCUCCUAGCUUUUCUCCUCGCCAGAAACAUCUCUCUGCAAAUCAGGGGGUUCCAUGUGGAGCUGACUUCUCGCAAGCUCCCCUCUGAGAGGGAUUGCCGUGGGCUUGAUGCUCAGGUGGAGGCAGAGAAGCGGGCCAGGCAGCGGCAGAGGCUGAUAGACAUCGACAGAUUGCUCUGGGAUGACAAUUCUCCUCCUCCUUCUUUCAUGCAGAAAUUUCAAGACUUCCUCAUUUUCACAGUUGCCUCCCGAGCAGCGCAGUGCGUGCAGGUCUCCAUCUCCCAGGUGACCAUCCGGUUCCGACCCAGCAGCCUGAGCUCUCUGCCUGAGCAUCUCCACCGUACUCUCGCCCUCCGCCUCGACUCCCUCAGCCUCAGCAACGGCCAUCCAGCCUCCUCUGACUUGCUGCUUCCCAGGGCAAAGGUGGUGGACGUGCGGGGCUGCAAGCUUGAGCUCGUGAACGAGUCGAGCAGGCCUUCCGCUCCAUCGUCAGGGGUUCAAGCGGGGAAUGACAGUGCUCCAACUGGCAAGACGGAUUCGUCUAGCAGAUUGCACAGGCAGGCUCCGCAUAGGCCUGCUGUGACUGUGGUGAAGCGCUGGAGCUUCUCUGUGACUGUGGAGGCAGGAUGGGGUUUAUGGCACCAGGGAAGCAAGAACAGUGGAGUGGUGGUUUCUGCCUCGCUGGACAUGGGCGCUCUCAUCAUGAGUGCGAAUGAACUGGUGGUGCAGUAUCUGUCUGGCUUGGCUGUGGACUUGGCUGAAUUCACAGACUAUGCCAAGUACAGGCAAACUCGCCCUCGUGCUUCAGUGCUUGAGGAUCCCAGGGCAUGGUGGCGGCAUGCCAUUGGAAGCGUGGCACGAGAUCUCCGAGCAGCGGCAAUGGACGUUGAGCUGACAGGGCUGUCGCAGUCCCUCCAAGCCACCCUGCGCCUGCAGUAUGAGAAGCAGUACAGCGACUUCGUUGCAGGGCGCUGCUGGUCCGUGGCGUCUGCUCAGACGCGCCUGCAACAACUGGAGCAGCAGCUUGGCACUCUCAACUGCGCGUUUGUGCGGUUCAGGGUGGCGCUGGCGGCAGAAUCUGAGGGGUUGACCCACAGUGAGCCUGCAUGGGACCAGCACAUGACCAACGUGAGAAACAAACUCCAGGAUCUGAAGUACCUUCUUUCUGGUGGCUCCAUCCCUGAGCCUCAGGCACAUAAGCCGGUCAUCGAGGUCAGCAGCAGGUUUACAUGCCCCAAGCUGUGCGUCUUGUUGACGUCAGCGUCAGACCUAGAUUGGGGUGCUGAGGUGUCGCUGCAUGAGGUGGCGCUGAGGUUCACUGAAACGGGUUCUCUUCAUGCUGAGGUGUCAUGCAGAGAGCUUCUGGUACGAAACUUCUAUGUCCCUGAGAGCGAAUUAGUAGGGAACAUCGUGCACUCUGUCAGCUUCUCCCAAACCUCCGCCUUUCCUUCCUCUUCAGCCUCCUCCCCUUCCAUUGGUCCUCGUGCCUCGUCCCCAUCACCUCCAGUGCCUGGCUCUAGUCAACCGUCCCCACUGCAUCCUUCUCUAAGCGGUCCUGCUGUGCCUGCUGCAGCAGCUGGAGCUGCUGCAUCGUGCUCCCUUUCCUCGGGCUCCACUCCCUUCUUGGCUGUCUGUUUUGUCCAAAGGUACGGCUCUCGGCCCCGUCCCUGCCAGCUGCCCACCUGCCUGGUCGGCAGGUGGCAUCUCACCUGCCCCUCAGAACUCAAGAAGCCAAGUUCAGGCCGUUUUUUCCAGUUUCUUCGAGCAGUCCGGUCUGACAAGUACAUCAAAGCAUCGCAGCAGAGCCCGAAAGCCGCGUUGACACCAGGGGAGAUGCAGCAGCAACAACAUGUACGGGAUCCAGUGGAAGGGGUGGAGCAGAGGAAGCAGCCAACACAUCCAAGUACAGAGGGAAGCAGGGGAAGCAAAGGAGAGUAUGGCGAGACAAAGUGGAAUGGGGAGCGUGAGCUCGGCGUGUUAGAGCUUGGGUGGGGCGAGGACGAGUUGCAGCGGCUGCAUACUCGAGUGGAGGCGCACAUGUCUCCCCUUCGAGUCUUCCUCGACCGCCGAUGGCUUUUCCAGCUCAUGCAGCUUCUCUCCUCGUCUCCCUCGACGCAAUCCCAGCCAACUGCAGCCAGCCAAGGCAGAGCACUUAGCCAUUUAGCCUCACAGGCUGGGAAGGGUGUGAGUAGCCGUGCUCAGGCUGGAGCUGGUGGAGGGAAAGGACUGGGAGGAGAAGGUGCAAGGGAAAGAGGUGGGGAGAUGGCAAUGGGGGACGCAGCUGGUGGUUCAGGUGACAGUGAGUGGAUGCCGGAUAUCACCAAGCAGCAGCACUACCUGUACCGGAGAAGGGGAGACUCUGGAAGCGUAGAUUCCUGGAGCAACGGUGCUGCUACUAGUGCUGCAAAGAGGCCUCCAGGCACACCCGGUGGUGGCGCGGGACAGAACUGUGGUGGUUUCAGUGAUGGUGGUGCUGCGUCGCUGAACCCGACUCUCUUCGCGGAUCUGCAGGAAUACGUGAGGGAGUUUGGGCAGCACGUGGCGAGGAAGCGAGUGCAGCAUGUCAGGGAGAACCUGCCAGAGAUCGCUGCCCGGGUUGGCAGCAUACUCUUCAUCAUCCCAUGCCGCGACAUUGCCGUCAUGCCUCGUCCAUCAUCAUCAGCAUCAGCCGGCCCUCAGCGCUCAUCGGUGCCUUCAGCAGGAGGUGACGGCGACUUUCAGGCAUUCUUUGGCAUGGGGAUGGACCACCAAGCACCACCAUCACAGCCGCAGCAGCAUCAGCAUCAGCAUCACCGCCAACAGCAGCGGCCACAGACACAGCAGCAGAACAAUGCUCAAGCGUGGCAGAACCAGGGAACAGGAGCACAGAGAGCGAGACCUGCACCACUGACCCCUCCCCUGCUGGUCAUAUCCCUGUCAGAGAUCGUUCUGGACACAAGGCCGACUGAAAGUUCCAUUCUUCAGAAGCAGGAUGUCACCUCAGAAUCAGCAGCGUCAUCCAGCGACCAAUCCCCAGCUGCCAAGUGGCGCAAGGUGGUGGCGUCCAUGGCAUCGCACAGGGGAUGGAUGCAGCGGCAGCAUGUGGGCCCACUGCCGCCCAACUCUCUGGAGCAGGUCCAGGUGGAACUCACACUUGAGGCUUACCUGACUCGUGCUUCUCUCUCCAAUGUUGCCGAUUUGCGGGAAAGGGUGGACUUCUUAAAGUCAGUGUCAGUCAGCGCAUCCGUCUGUCGCUGCACUGAACCUAUUCGAGAAACCGCAACCACUCUGCUGAGUGUGGAGCUGGUCACGUCAGUCUUCAUCGUUCAGCUCUCGCCGCUCAUUGCCAAGGAGGUGUCCCGCCUUGUGCACACUUUAAACGAGACCUUUGCAAGCACCGGAGACCUCUCCUCAACCAGCAAGGAACCGCCACCACCCCCACCUGUUACACCUGGAGCACACCAGCUCGGGUGGAGGUUCUCCUUAAAGACCCCCUUCUUCUUACCCUUGCUCUCCCGCCUCCACCCCCCACCUCUCACUCACAUCACAUCCACCUGUCUGCAGGGAGGUGGUUUCCUGGUCGAGGCGUGUCAGGAGAUGGUGCCGCACAGCAAGGCUGACUGCCCGUACGGCGUGUGCCGCUGCCGCCAGUGGGUGCCUUCGUCUGACACCGCUGUGGUACUCGUCUCCACCGCCGAGGACCUGCGCGGAUGCCCCCCCAGCACUUCCAAAUCAGUUCCUCCAACUGCUGCUGUUGCUGCUGCUGCUGCUGCUGCUGCUGCUUCUUCUUCUGCUGGAGGUUCUGCUUCAGCUGUGGAAGGCCAGCGCCAUGAGCCGGUGGUGGUGGUGUUCCGAGUGAGGCUGGACAAGAUUCGAGUGGAGGCAGAGCAGCACAAUGAUAAGAUCGCGAUGGUGCGGGAACUGUUUCCACCUGGCAAGGCCAUGAUGGCACGGGUGUUCUACCGAUGGCGCCUUCAGACAGUGGUGGCGAGGGGUUGCAGCGAUGAGGCCAUAUUUGCUGCCUACGAGUCGCUCCAGCGGGCCAAGGCUCAGGUUGCUGUUCAGCUGCAGGAGGCAGGAACAUUGCACCAGGUGGCUGUGAAAGUCGCCCUCCUCCCAUUCUCCUGUGACACCAAUAACCUAUCCGCGGUGCUCACCUUCCUCACUCACCUUCAAGCCGCUAUCUCUCGGACCACCUCUGCUCCACGGGGUCCCUCAAAUUCCCGAGCUCGCCAGAUGCUGACUUUUGGAAGCAGCGAAGUGGAGAGGGACUCGUGGGGCGAGCCCACACCCACUGCUUUACCCUCCAGCCGCCCGACUUCUUCGUCUGGCCGGUCGCGUGUGUCUUUUAGAGAUGCAGCAGAGGACAGCGUGGAAAGCGAAGAUGAGACGGAGGAGGCACAAGGCGGGGAGAGGUGGUCUGGGAAGCAGGUGGGGGAUGGAAUGGCAGAUGGUUCCGAGUUCGGGCCUCGCGUGCGGAGGACUGGGGGUGGGAAGCGGUUGAGCAUUGGAGAGCUGCCCGUUGACGGAAGCGAGGCAGGCACGGAUGUUGACGAGGAUAAUGAGAGGCAAGGAAAUAGAGUGUCUCUGGAUGAUAGCCCCCUCGAUAUCCUGGGUCCGUGUUCUGAAUGGCACCCUAAUGGAGCGCCCUGGGAGGGCAUGAGUGAGAGGAGAACACGAGGAAGGAGCAGGGAUGGUGGAGAGAAGGACGGGAGAGGUGAAGGGUGCCGUGUGUAUUCAACGAGCGGUUGGAGGGAGAGGAGGAGGGGUUGGCAGGGAAGCAGUGGGGAGGGAGAGGCAGCGGGUAGCGAUGCAACGAGUGAAGUGUGGAAGCUGCAGGCGGAGCUGGGAUGUGGAAUGGUGAUCAUGUCCAUUGGGGGAGUUUCUUUUGGCAGCGUCAUCAUGCAGAGGGUGAAGGUGGAUUUGACCUCGCAGCCAGAUGCCGUGGAUGUGGACCUGACAGUGGGCGAUCUGGAUGUGGUUGACAUGCUCGCCAACUCCAAGCACUACGCUCACAUUUUUGAGCCCAACGGAGACCUUCCAAGCCUGAACCUCGUUGUUCGGCAGAACAUGGUGCAGCGAGGGCCGAACCUACCUGCCAAACCUCAGGUGUGUGUGUUUGUGGAGAGCCAGCAGACGAGGAUGACGGCCAUCUUCCGCUUCUUCAACGACUUUGCUCUCUUCGUGGAGCGCAUGGCCCCCAUAUUCUCAACCCCCCAGGCAUCCGGUCCAUCCAAAAAAGACGGCGUCUCAGCCAAGGGCCAGGAUGGCAAGAGGGAGGGGUUUAAGCAGGGUAAAGGGGAGGGCAAAACAGCUGGGGAUUCAGAGGGAGGUGAUGCGCCUCCACUGGUGUUUCUGCACAUCUCUGACCUGUCUCUCUGCCUUCCAGUGUCGUCAUGGAGCGAGGAGUCUCUGGAUGUGCGAGUCGAGACCAUCAACCUCAUCGUUCCCACUCCGGCUUCUCAGCGCCUGUCCCAGCACACACUGCUCAGACUCGCAACAGGCAUCCGCCCGCGGGACCCCUCCUUCUGGAAGCCGCUGGUGGAUGCUCUGGACCGCUCCCCCCCCGCUUCCCCCGACUCCAUUGGCAUUCAGCUCUCCCGCUUUGGGGCCUACUGGUCUCCUUCUAAGACCAUCACCCCCAAGGUGGAGCGAAACAUCGUCUCUGAGGGUGGUGUCUUCAUCUCCGUGCAGUCGAACCCAUCACGUGUGCACGUGCACUGGCCUCAGGUGGAGAUCCGUCUGGGCCCCACUCAGUACAACGCCAUCAUGACCCUCAUCUUCCAGAACCUCGCAGAGGGCUGCUCCUUCACAGACGACCAGGUGUACAACCCGCAGGUGGGUCGCCCCAUGGGCGGCGAGGCUGCUCCUCCGGACCCCUGCAUCAGCCUGGCAGGGCUCACCCCCGACUUGGAGAUUCAGCUCGACUUCGGCCGCGCUGUCAUCCACGCCGACAUGGAGCAUCCAGCCACUCUGGUUGAGAAUGGCUUUGGCGACCCCCUUUUGUCCUUGAGGGCGCAUCGCCUCACCAUUGUCUACUCGAACUACACUGAUUUCUCGCAAGUGACAGUGAAGGCAUUUCGCCUGCUCUUGGUGGAUGACCGCUUCCUCAAAUUCUCCCAGUCGGAGCUGGCCCUCGUCGAGACCAACAGCUCGCGGGCCAAGCCAUCCCCCACCGCACCUUCCGCAUCCACCCGCCUCUCCACACCCCCCAACCACCCCCGCCCCUACACCACCUCCCUGGGGGGCGAGUCCGGACAAGGCCUUGGGUGCGACCUGGACAGGUCGUUUCUGGUGAACGUGGUGAUGAAGCAGGAGGGCACAACGGGCGUGCAGGUGGUGUUUGAGCGCACCAGCAUCGUCUGGCCGUUCUACACGGACCUGUCUCUCGUGUGGGAGUUUCUGGAGGUCGUGGCCGGGUACUUUCAGAAGCCGGGGUGUGCGCUCGGGCCUGCCAGCCUGCAGCCAGAUUCGUGGCUCAUGGUCAACAUCCUGCUGCACGACUUUGACCUGUUGCUGCCAGUGCCAGAGGAGAGCCUCAUCAACGUCUGCCCGCCUCCCUCCAGCUCCCAUCCCUCCAGCCCUCCUGCCAACCCUCUUCUUGCGACCCCAUCACCAAUCACUGCUGACCCUCCAGCCUUCCACUCGGCCCCCUCGCGUAUGCCUCCUCCCUCCUCUCCGUCUGACCGCUUCUACGAUGCUUCGGAGGCUCUCCCUGCCAACCGACGCAGCGGCAGUGUAGUUGCAGGUGCUGGUGGUGGUGCUGCUAGCAGUGGCUUUGGCCGCAGUGGCAGUAGUGACAGCGGGAAGUUUGAAAGUGCAAGGAACACGUUUGAGGAGCCAGUGUGGGUGCCAGAGCUGCAAGUGUGGAGCGACGAUGUGGAUCUCUUCCUCUCAGAGCUCAAAGCCCACGGGCUCAAGAUCAGGGGACAGACUUUGCGAGUGGGGCAUUUUGCAGGAGGGGACAGGGAGAGCAAGCUCCUGGUAGACUUUAUCCGCGUCAGCAGCGUGUUCGUACACCAGUCUCAGUACUUUGCCCCUCACGAUGUUCUCGGGGAGUUCACUGCUCAGCUGCUGUUCAGCCAGCAUUCGCCCAAGUGCGUCAGUCGGCAGGCCAGCCUGCUGUCGCUGCACAUCACACCUGAUCUCCAUCCAUCGCUCUCCUCAACUGCACCUUCUCCGUCUGCUGCUUCUGCUGCUUUCCCUGCCUCCGUCACGGGAGGGCAGUCCAGCAGCAGCGCCUUCAAGUCUGGCCGUCUGCCAGUUUUCUUUGUUUUCUCUCAUCUCGUGGUCCUUAGCUCGUUCCUUCGAACGCUCAGCAUCCGCCUGAAGCGGAGCGAGGGCAACCUGCUGCAUCAGAACCUCGACCUGUAUGGGGACCCUCUGCCACCCGCCUUUGUGCCGUCCAAGCUGGCCGUCAACCUCCAGAUUCACGAGCUCUUUGUCGCUCUCAUCGACGACAGGAUGGGCAAUCCCACGUCGGUGCUGGAGCUGGUGGCGAAGGGCAUCAUCUUCAGCGCCACCAGCCAGAUUCUCACCGAUGGAGGACCCGAGCUGCUCUCCUGCCGCCUCUCCCUCACUCUCCUCUCCAACUUCCUCAACUCCGGCUUCGAGGUCCUUCCUUUCCAACUGCCUCUUUUGUUUUGUUCUCUUGUAUUCUUCGCUCUAUCUGUUCUUCUUCUGCCAUUCUCUGCUGCUCAUGCCCCUGCACAUUCGCCUUUUGUCCCCCUCCCACCGCCACAGAUCAUGGAGCCAAUGACGGAGUCCUGGAAGUUGGGGGCGGAUGUGAAGUCCACAGGCAACCACGUGACAAUAGCCGUGCAGUCACACCAGCUGCUGAACGUCAUGUUCACGCCCAUGCAGCUGCGCUCGCUGGGCGACGCCCUCAACUUCUACUCGCUGCUCUCCAACUCGCUGUCCGUGCUGCCGGGGGGCAGCCUGCACGGUGGAAGCGACCGUGACGAGACGUUGGAGGCGUCACUGCAGGAGGUGGCGGUGGGAAUGGUGAGCUACAGAAUCGUCAACCUCUCGGGCCACACUCUCUACUACUGGACUGAGAAGGAUGAGGAGAAGUCCAAGACGUACUCAGUUGAGGAGGGCGAGGAGCAGGUGCUGGAGGUGCAGCCGGUGCAGAAGGUGGUCACUCUCAGAGACACGCGCAAGAUCCUUGCGCGCACCAUUUGUGUCAAGCUCAAAGGGGACUGGCUGCCAAUGAACGACAUAGUCAUGGACAAGAACCCACCUCCGCGCGCUCCCCCCUGCACCCAGGUGGGAAAGUACGUGAUGGACCUGCGGCUGCCGGGGAGCACAGUGGUGCUGCCGGUGGUGUUUGACGUGACGCUCAAGUCGCGCACCAAGAUCAUCACCGUGCACUCCACCAUGCACCUCCGCAACAACAUCGACGUCCCCCUCGUCUUCUUCGCCCUCCUGCCCAGCCCCAAAGAGACCGGAGUCGAGACUGCCAAGUCCUCCUCGCAAGUCAAGAAGUUCUCGCUUGGUGGGUCGCUGUGUGCUGUUGCAGGCUUUGCGCGGGCAGAGAAGGACGUGGUGGCGCUGGAUCCAGAGCACCUGCUGGAGCAGCAGGGCCUGCUCGAGUUCCCCAUCCUCAACCAGGGCACGCGUUCCCCGCUCGUGGGCAGAGGCAGCAGCGGCGGCGGCAGCAGCAGCAACAGGCUGCUCAGCCGCUUUGGGAGCAUGACACGGAGGCAUAGUGACGGCGGGGGGAGCCUGAGACUGAGUGAACUUGGGAGUGUGAGGAGGGGGAGCAUGGCGAAUGGAGGAGAGGAUGAGUUUGAUAGGGGCAGUGAUGUGGGUACAUCGGAAGAGGAUUUUGACAGUGCGAGUGAUGUGAGGAGGCCGUUCUACUGCUGUCUGCAGGUCAUCUCAGAUCCUCUGGCACACAGUGCGAGCAACGGGCUGUAUGAGGAGUUCACGCUGUCCUUUGUGCCCCCUGUGGCCAUUCAAAACGGGCUGCCAUACGACUUGGAGGCGUUUGUGUGGGACGUGGAGUGGGGCACACGACACAUUGUCUACGUCCCUUCUGGCGAGUCCCGAGACCUCUAUCACGUCAGCCUGGACCACACGUUGCAGAUGCACAUCGCGCUCUUUGUGCCAGGGGGGGAGUACAGGACGCGUCGCCGAUACCCCAUCCACUUCCCUCCCAACCCGUUGCUCCAGAAGCAGUUUGGCAGCCGAGCUUUCGCCUACGACGUCCGCACUCUAAGCCUGGCCGUCAAGUGCCGCCUCUUCCCGCAGCACUCCCCUGCAGCCUCGCCCAUCACACUCUCCAUCGACAACCGCCACAACUGGCAGUCACGCAACCGCAGCAUCGCACUGCUUGCUCACUACUGGGUCAUCAACCUCACCAAGUUCCGCCUGAAGCUCUCCACUGGCUCCUCAAAGAAUCCCCUCGACUGCCCGCGGUAUCAAGAGGGCCAGCCCGCCUUGCUGAACGUGCGCCGGGGGGCUAUCACGGCGAUCAGCCUCGAUGGCUAUCAUUGGUCGAAGUCGAUUUCGAUAGAUUCUGUUGGGAUCAAGGGGUCGGUUGCGGUUGCUGGGCCUGCGUCCACCAUGCUCCCACAGAACCACCAGCAUCACUCGCAAUGGCAUCACGAGGACUCUUCACCGCAUGCUGAGUUGCUGCGGCAGCAGACGGCGGAGGAAUGGGAGAACGUGGUGCAGCUGGAUGCUCCUGCUGGCGCUCCCUCUCGCCACACCACCUCGUCCAUGUCACCCUUCCCAGCCCUGCGGCGAUUCGAGUUCGGGGUGGAGGUGCGGCUGGCGCCGUCGCUGUGCGAGGGCACGAAGCUCGUCAUCAUCUCGCCGCGCUUCAUGGUGUCCAACCAGACCGGGCAGCCCAUGCAGAUCGCUCAGAUCGGCACCACCACUGCGCGGGUUCUGGCGGACAAGAUGCGACAGCCGUUCCACUGGGAUGACGAGAAGCUCGGGACGUACCUGGUGGCUCGGUUGCUGAGCAGCGAUGAUGAGGAGGAGGAUGACUUGGCUGAUGGUGAUGAGGAGGAGGAGGAGGGGGAGGAGGGGAAGGAAGGGGAGGAAGGGGAGAAAGGGGAGGAGGAGGAUGAGCACAGCUCGAGUUCUGAUGAAGAGCAUAGUGAGGGGGAGGAGGAGGACGGGAUUGGAGAGGGAGCGAGAGAGAGUCACGUAGCAGGUGAGGUAAGUGGGAUGCAGCGACUGAGGAGGGACUCAGAGGAUUCCCACGUGUCGUGCGAGUCGACGAAGGGCAGAGAGCAGGUGCAGGCAGGGGUGGGCAGCAUUGGUUCUGGAGGAGAUGCUGAUGGGGUGGAAAGCAGCUGUGAUAAGGUGAUGGGGUUGCCAAAGGGAAAGGAGAACGCAGCAAGUGGCAGGUUGCAGGGUAGUGGUAGCGACAGGCAGCAGCAGCAGGCCCACAGUGGUGCCAUUGGCAGCAGCCGUCAGCAGGUGGAGAGCAGUAGCAGUCAAAAGGGGGAUGGAAGCCACGAGAAAAGGGAGGAUGGAAGCAAGGGCGGCAGCAAAGGCGGGACUGGAUCUCGAAAGAAGAGUGCAGGAAAGGGACGGGGGAGCAAAGGAAGGGAGAUGGAGGUGGAUUGGGAGUGGUCUGGUGCGUUUGAUAUCGACAAGCCGGGUGAAUCUGCAGUGCGUAUCAGGCACAGACGCAAGAAGGGCAAGUACGCCAUCCUCUCGAUUGACGUCUCACUGAACGGCGCCUCUGCUCUCGUCACGUUUGACGUGUGCAGCUCCAAGCACAAGCCUCCGCCCUAUCGCAUUGAGAACCACUCAGCCUUCAUGAGCAUCAAGUACGGGCAGCUCACCACCCCCACGCGGCAAAGGCUGCCUCCCAACCGCUCCACCAACUACGCGUGGGACCAGCCGCGCAUGGCCCAGCUGCUGCAGGUGGAGAUCGAGGGGUUCGGUGUGACGAGAGAGUACGAUCUGGACGGCAUCCGCGAGCUGCCCACCAUCAUCCUCUCAGAAGACGACUUCACUGGCAAUGCGUCGCUGAGAGACAGGAUGUUUGUGAUGGUGGGGACGCAGGCCCGAGCGGUGGCAGCACUGUACGUGAACGUGUAUGCAGAUGGGGCCACCAGAGUACUCUCCUUCUCCGAUACCAAACACACCUCCAAGGUAUCGGAGGAGGACGAGCGCACCACGCUGCAGGAGAAGCUGCAGGUGACGAGUGAGCGAAUCGAUUUCGCCCGCAAGGUGCUGCAGCGCACUCGUGCUCUUGCAGGAGACUCUCCUCUGGAUGCUUCGGAGGCCAAGCCAUCGUACUUGGAGUCUCCUGAGUACAGUGCUGCCAUGGCCAGCUUCACACCCAACCAGCACCGAUCCACGCCCUCUGUGAGCAGCGCCUCGUCAUCUGGUCGCAGCGUCAUGCCACUCGGUCGCAGCAGUAGCGCCACUCCUGCCGCCGCAUCCACAAGCACCAACCCUCCUCGCUCAAUCGUAACUGCUGCUGGCGCUGGCAGUUCAAAGGAGCAGGUUUUCUCCAGUGCAGAUUCAGAGGGCUCCUCCCCUCGCACUCCUCCAGAGACUCUCCGAGUGUUUACUGGCAGCAGUCAUGAUCCUUCUCAUGCCAGUGAAGCCGUUGGUGAUCCAGAUCCAGUGACCACACCGUCCAGGAGCCCCCUCCAGAGAAGCUUUGCCCUUUCCUCCACUGCAGCAGCUGCUACUGCCAAAGAGGCCCGGGCUUCAGGCCUUGCUAACUGCAGAACUGUGAGUGACUCCUUUGAUGCCUCUGUUGAGCACGUGAAGUCGCAGCCAGGCAAGGCAGGGCUCCGUAGGAGCAGGAGUCAAGAGGCAGCGGUGUUGCAAGUGACCAAGGCAGGGGCAGGAGGAAGUGCCAGCUCUGGGGCUGAUUCAGGCGGGGCAGCAAAGCUGAAAGGGCAAGAGGCGCUUGACUACCUGUACCUCCCUGCAAGCGCGGCCGCAGUGCCUGAUUAUCCGAUGAGACUGGUUGAGGCAACAGCAUAUGGCGUGCAGGCAGGAGCGCAGGUCGUGAAGGCAGGUAUGGAGGUGGUGGAAGGGGUGGGGGAGGUGGCAGAGGAGAGGUUGAAAGGGAAUGUAGGGCCACGCUUUGGAGCAGUCAAGUCAUCAGCUACUGAGGUGUUGGUAGGGAAGAUUGUGGGAGGGGCCAGGCAUGUUGAGUUGGCAGCAGCAGAGGCGAAAGGGAUGUUGAAAUCAGCAGCAAAGGUGCUGUCAAAGGAGAAAACGGACGGGCCAGCAGCUGCAGAAGCAGAGGAAGGGAGAGUUAAACAGCGACUGGCGUUCAUGAGUCUGGGCAAGGGGAAGGAACAAGCACAUCUGCCGGAGUCGAAACAAGAUGAGAAUGAUGGUGAGGACAUGAAGGGUGUGUAUGGUGGGGGGGGAGAGGAUAGGAGGCCAGAGAGGCUGGUUCAAUGGGCCAGUGGGGAGGAGAAUCACAAAGGACUUGAGACGGAUGAGGUUACUGAGAAGGCAGGGAGCCUUUCACGUGUGAGGGAAGAAUCAGAGGAGGAGAUGAAUGAGGGAGGGGAUGAAGGAGUGGAUCAGGGUAGCUGCAGUGAUGCAGGCAGAGGACGGAGUGCAGUCAUGGAUGCUGACGUGACUGAUAGUGAUGCUGGGAGAGGCGGUGGUGAUGAGGCAAGGAGAGCUGAGAAGGAGGAGAGUUUACGUAUUGUAUAUGCUGGGGUCGAAGGACAGGCAAGUGGAGCGCAGAGGGAAGAGGGGCAGGGGGCAGACGCAGCAGAGGAACAGGGCCAAGGGGAGGAAGCCGGAUGCAGGAGCGGAGAGACGGAGGGGGUUGGAGGAGGAGGAGGAGAAGGAGGAGGAGGAGGAAGAAGUGAGAGAGUGGAAGCGCCAGUGCCUGCAUCUCUCCUUGGUUCCUCAUUGGCUGCUGCUCGCUUUGUCCUGGGGCUGAAGAGAGGCAGGGCCAGGCGUACAGCUGGCGCCAGUGUUGGAGAGCGGCGUUCUGAAGUGACACAGACGGGUGCUGCUGCCAGGGCGGCUCCUGGAUCUACUGCUGGUGCUGCCACAGAUAGCAGCAGAUCGACAGGAAGCAGGCUCAAGUCCAGCAGCAGCUUCAAAGUGUCAUUGAGAGCAGCCGCUGCACGGAUCAUAAAACCCGCUGCUCCUAAGCCCAACAGACCCAAAUUCUCCGAGGUGGUUGCUGGUGCCGUGGCUGGUUCUGCUGCCAUGGUCGUCGGUGCUCCUGUGCCCGAGACCUCAGAUGCUCCUGUUCCUGUAUCCACUGCUGCUCCUGGUGAUCCCAUGUUGAUAGCAACAGUGGCAGCAACAAAGACCGAGCCAACUGUUCACCUGGAUUCCCUCUCCUCCUUUCCACCCCUCAAUCACAACCGUAUCGAAGCCACUCGACCACCUGCUGCAUCAAUAGCAGACCCCAACACUCGUAGUGCUGCUGCUGCCUCCCUCUCACCCUCCAGCCGCAGCCUGGGCGAAUCAAGCAUUGGUGGCAAAUCCAGCGAUAAACUCUCUGCAAAUAUUGCCAGCGAUGCUGUCAAAGUUUCCACUGUCGCUGCUGCUGCCGCCGCCGCUGCUGCUCCUGGUGAUUCCGUGUUGCUAGAAACCGCGGUACCAAAAUCAGAGCCAGCCAUUCACCUGGAUUCUCUCUCCUCAUUUCCCCCCCUCAAUCGCGAUCGUGACCGAGCCACUCCCCUCAGCACGCCAACAGCAGACCCCAAUGCUCGUAGUGCUGCUGCUGCUGCUGCUUCCCUCUCACCCUCCAGCCGCAGCCUUGGCGAAUCAAGCAGUGGUGGCAAAAACAACGAUAGACUCUCCGCAAACCACAGCAGUAGUGAGCUGCAGUUACCAGUGAGUGUCCCUCCUUCUGAGUCAGCAGAGUUGGAACACCACAGGUCGCGCUCAACUGAAGUUGCUCCAGCAGUGGCAGACCUAGCGACAGGAGAAGCAGCUGGCGAAGCAGCAGCAUCUGAAACACCAGGCACCCCUGCUGUGCAUAUCGCUGACGAUGACCCGCCUUCAAACAACUUCCAACCGUCUCCUGAACUCGGUGCAAGGCCUACCCGAGGCCGUGUGACCUGGAAAGGUGUUGUGGGCCAGGUUGGUGUUGGCGCCACUGCUGCCGUGGUCAACACAGGGAAGAGAGUGACAGGAGCGGCAUCAGUUUUACACUCCGCUGCCGCUGCAUUCCUAGACGGCACUUCAGAGAAAGUUCAGGAGAAGUUUCACGAGGCCCAGGAGGCCUUUGAGGAGGCAGAGGAAAGGGUGGAGGAGAGACUGGCUGAUGAGGGGUUUAAAGCGCAAGUGGGGGCGAUGAAGACAGUGCGCUCUAUGGAGUCAUUCUUUGGGAGACAGGCGGAUAAGCUGAUGGAGGCCACCCGCGUUCCUGACAUGGUCAAGUCUGCAACAGCUGCAGAGCUCCGGGCACACUGGCCCCAUGACAGCUUCAGGCUGCCAUCGUCGAGAAGCGAGGGGGGAGAGAUGGACAGGGAAGGGGAAGGGAAUGAGUUGAUGCCCGUGCCCACGUUUGAAGAGCUUCAGAGCAUGGCGGGGGCGGUAGCAGCUGCUGAGUUGGAGUUUAUUGGGCGGAAUAGGCAGACUGGAUUGGUCAAAAGCGCGAGUGUUGCCGCAGGGCAGAUGGCGGCAGUAGCAAGGCGAGGCCAGGAUGUGGUUGUGAAGGCCGGGACAAUGGUCAAGGGAGCAGUUGGGAGCGCCCUUGCUGCCGGGUCUGAGGUGGCUGUAGCAGAAGGUAAGGCCUUAAAGGCCGGGGCGGUUGUAGCGCUGAAUGUUAUGGGCGGGAGGCUGGGGGAGAUCAAGGAGCAUGCGGAUCAGGAGUUGCAAGUGAGCCUGGCGGACUGGCGGAGACGAAUGCAGGAGGCGGGGAUAGGGGUGGAAGAGGAGGAAGACAUCAGUGAGUUACGGCAGGAGCGGAUCCAUCUAGGCAACGAGGAGUACGACGCGGGGGCGAUCGUGGGAGGCGACGUGACGAUUCACGUGAUUAAAGCCAUGGAUCUGGGGCUCCGGCCGGAGAAGACGCAUCCGUACACGGUGGUGCAGGUGGAGGGGCGGCGGCUGCGGUCAUCUGUGUGCAAGGGCACGGUGUGUCCGCAGUGGGACGAGCUGCUGGUGUUCAAGGGCGUGUCUACCACGUCCAGCAUGGCUGUUUCCAUCUUCAGCAGCGAAACCAUCGGCUCACAUAAGUUCCUCGGCCAGGUGGUGCUGCCGCUGGUGGACGGCAGGGCGUUGAACCGUGAGCCCGGGUGGCACAAGCUGAGUCGGCGCACGGCGCACGAGACGGUGACAGGCAGGGUGUUCCUCUCCACGUCUUGGGACGCCACAGAGCUCGAGCUCAUGGCGCUGCAGCUGCGCGCCAAGGAAGCAGAGCUGGACGCACUGGAGGAGCGGCUGGCACAGGAGAGGGAGGCGCGGCCGCGCGAGGCCGUCAUGGCAGCAGAGACCCUCGCCAACCCGCACCCGCUGCAGCCCCACAUGCCCUCCUCGGGCCUGCGCACGCCCACGGGGGGCCCCAUGCUGCGCCGCAUGUUCACCCUGCGGGGCCCUGGGGUGAUGGGUGCGGCUGCCUCUUCCGUGUCGCCUGCUGUGGUGCAGCAGCUUGCCGCCAAGGGGCAGCUCAAGGUGAAGGUGGUGGAGGCGAGGCACCUGGCAGUGCCAGCGGAGUGGCUGCGCUCGGUGCACCGGAUGCGCGCCUUUGCUGCGCUCUCCGUGGUGUCCCCCUCGGGCACGAGCACGCUGCCUGUCAAGACGCGGGUCAUCAACGGCACCUUCUUCCCCAAGUGGAACGAAACGUUCUCCAUCAACGAUGUCGCUCUCACCUCCUCGCUGCGCGUGCAGGUGUUUGACAAGCCAAAGCUGGGUAGCCCGAACCUCCUGGGCGAAGCUACAGUGGACGUCACCACCUUCAAGGACGGGCUACCACAGUACAUGCUGCGGACUCUCAAGCGAAGUGCUGGAAAAGAAGGGGAGCAGGAGGCAGUGGGCGGCAGCAUUCGUCUUCGAGUGCACUGGAUGGUGGACCAUGGGAAGAAGGCAGAGGAGAAGACGGGAGUCAAUUUUAUGGUGAACCUGCACGGGAUGACCGUGUCCGUGGUGGACCGCCUGCCGCGAGAGAUCAUGCUGGUGCUGCUGGAAGACAUCUGCUGCUCCUGGGAGGAGUCGGUGAAGGAGGUGGCGGGCAAGGUGGAGGUGGGAAAACUGCAGGUGGACAAUCAACUGCUCACGGCUCGCAACCCUGUUGUGCUCUCGCGCACCCAGGCCUUCCCCGCAGAAGCCCUGUUCAUGGAGCAGGGCAAGGAGCUGGCGAACCAGGCAUCGCUAGCGAGCAUGCUGAGCACGGACCCCAAGGAGAAGGAGAAGGCGUUCGUGUCAGUGGAGUUCACGCGCCUGCUGCAGCACCCCUCCAUCGUCUACUACCGCCGCUUUCUCUUCCAGCUUCAAGAGUUCGACCUGGUUUUGGAGGAGGACUUUGUGGACACGGCAGUGGCAUACCUGCAGCAGCUACCCAUGGAGGACCUGUGGCAGGAUAAGGAGAAGCGGGGUGGGGAGGAGGAGGAGAAGAAGCAAGGUGACGAGGAUUUGGUGGAGGAUAUGACCGGGGCUCCCAUCACCAAGACUUACCUGGCACGCGAUGCCACCAUGGUUUCCCCGAUGUCUCGCCGGAACUUAGUUAAGUCGGAGCCGUUGGAGCCGUUAGUGAACAGCAGCAGCUGGGUGGCGGGCAACCAGGGCCUGCGGUGGUACUUUGAGCGCUUCCAGGUGCAGUCCAUGCGCAUCAACGUCACGCUCGUCAUGAACCCCAUCAAGAGCGACGCGCCACCGCCCUCUGGCAGCAGCUCCGAGUGGCACCUCCGAACCACUGCGUCUACUGCUGGCUUCCCACUCAUCUCGCUCACCCGAGCCCCGCUUAGACUCAACAGUUUGGUGCUGGACAACGCGUUUCAGAACCAGAGCACGCUGCAGACGUACGUGCUGCGCCACUACGGCGUGCAGCUGCUGCAGGGGCUCCACAAGAUCCUCGGCUCCGUCGAGCUGCUCGGCGCCCCGCUGUCCCUGGUGGACAAUCUCGCCACAGGGGUCAUGGACUUCUUUGUCGAGCCUGCCUCUGCCACCACGCCGGAGGAGUUUCUGAGCGGAGCCAUGAAGGGCACGGUGAGUCUGAUGAAGCACUCGUCAUACGGCGUGCUGCACUCCAUCAGCUCCCUCGCUGGCGGCAUCGGCACCGGCUUCGCCAAGCUCACCUUCGACGACUCCUUCAUCCAGAGGUUCAGCCAGCGGCCAGAGGGAACAUCGCAGCAGGUGCUGCGAGGAGCGCAGGACCUGGGGCUGGGCUUUGUGGGGGCCGUCACAGGGCUGGUGCUGCAGCCUCUGGAGGGCGCACGCAGGGAGGGGGCCGUAGGCGCAGUGAAGGGCGUGGGCAAAGGGGUGGUUGGGCUGGUCACCAAGCCGCUGUCGGGGCUGCUGGGGUUUGCGUCGACGCUGACUGAGAGCGCCGGCACGGGGAUCCGGGCGAUUGGGGGGGAUGUGUCAAGGCGGACUGUCCCGCGCAUCCGACUUCCGAGCACGUUUGGGCGAAAUGAUGCGAUUGCGCUCGAGCCAGAGGACAGUGUGGAGCUGAAGUUGGUCUUGGCCAUCCUGGACUUUGGGCGGUACCGUGACGAGCACCUGUUGGACCAUCUGCAGACGUCGGGGCGCAAGGCAGUGCUUUUCACCAUUGCUCGCCUCAUCUUCUACGACUGCCAGCGCAACGUCUUCUACUGGCAGAUCCCUCUUAAGGACAUAACCUCAGUGAUGGGAAUGGAGGGGCGGCUGGAGAGCAUAAUCCUGUACGAUGCGGAUGUGGUGAUUGCAGGCAAGAAGCUUCCUCUGCGCAUACCGGCACGCAAGGUCAUCAAGACCACCACCCGCGAGCUCCACAUGGCGCUCUUAGUUAAGCUCAACAGACACUUAGCCCGCAUUUGCGCCGAACUCCCUUCCUCCUCCUCUCCAUCGACUCCCCGCCACGCAUCCCGUGAGCCUGUUGCUGCCGGCGCUGCUGAUUCUGGGUCAAUCGCACCCUCUCGCGGCCCCUCUGCUAGCUCCUCUCCUGCUCCCUCUCCCUCCCCCUCCCUCCCUUCCCCGCUCCGCCUUGCUCAAUCCCCUGGGAGCGUCUCUGCGGCGAGUGCUGGUGGUGGCAAGGCAGCAGGGAGGUCUGGAGCAGCAGCUGGUGCUGGUGUUGGCAGGAGCAGCAGUGGUGGUGGUGCCUCCGAUCGUAUGGCUGGGAGGGCGUUUGCAUCUGCGCAGAACGAGCAGGAGGAGGAGGAGGAUGGGGGGGAGAAGGCAGAGAAGGAUGAGGAAGGGGUCUCUGGGUCCGCACGUGUGAUGGGUGUGACGGGAGGAGUUGCUGCGGCAACGGGAGCGACACGGUGGAGAAAGCACGCCAAUGGGAGAGGUGCUGCAGGCGCUGCAGCUGACAAGGGCAAGUCUCCUGUAGACCAGCCUCACAGCGGGUCUGCUCCAGUAAGGGCUAGGAAAAGCAGCUUCCGCAGGGGCAAAGCCGGAGGAGGAGAAGGGGGUUACAAGUUGGGCAAGCAUUGUGUGAUACCGGAAGAUGCGGAUGUGGAUUUAGCACAAUUGGAUCAGGAAGACAGUGAUGAAGAUGAUUACAGGGAGGAUGCAAACGGUGUGGUGGCAAGGGUGGUUCAAUUGGAUAGGGAGGAACGGCAGGAGGUGCGGCGGAAUCUGGAUGCUAUUCUGACGACUUGCCAAGUGGCGAGUGCAAGUGCUGGUGGCCGAUCAGACCCUGCUUCAGCUUUGGUUUCUGUGAAAUUUCUCGCACUUGCGGCGUAUUCUCGUGUACAGUCGCAUAGGGCCCACCAGGCCACGUUAGGAGCAAGAGCGUUGCAAGGGGUGCAGAGGGGUGAUUCGCAAUGGGAGGAAGAUGUGUCGGCAUUGCUUCGCACAAUGGUGGCUUUGUCUGAGGGUGCCGAUGAUCCAAGGGCCACGAUUCCUUCCGUCGCGACCGUAUCUGGCGAGAAUGGAUCGCUCAAGAGCACGAGUCAGGCUGGCGCGCACACGGCAGCGCAGGAGGCGAGUGACGACGAUGUGCUGAUAGAGCUCAAGGACGUGUACAAGUCGUUCGGCAGCAAACACAUCCUCAGAGGCGCGUCGCUCAAGAUCCGGAGGGGCGAGGCAGUGGGGGUGAUAGGGCCGUCUGGCACGGGCAAGUCAACGAUUCUGAAGAUCAUGGCGGGUCUGCUUGCUCCUGACAAGGGCGAGGUGUGGAUAUGCGGCAAGAAGCGAGAGGGGUUGAUCAGUGAUCAGGAGAACGUGGGCUUGCGGAUUGGUCUGGUGUUUCAAAGCGCAGCUCUCUUUGACUCUUUGACCGUGCGCGAGAAUGUGGGCUUCUUGCUAUACGAGCACUCGCGGCUGUCGGAAGAGGAGAUUCGCCUGAGAGUGAAGGACAGCCUCAAGGCGGUGGGACUCAAGAACGUGGAGGAACGAUUUCCCUCGGAACUCUCAGGCGGUAUGAAGAAGCGAGUAGCGCUGGCGCGGGCGAUCGUGUCAGACAGCGAUGCACCACAGCUGGAGGAGGAGGUGGUGAUGUAUGACGAGCCAACCGCGGGGCUAGAUCCGAUUGCGUCCACGGUGGUGGAAGAUUUGAUUCGCUCGCUCCACGUGGGGUCGUCGGUGCCUGUGCCUGUGACUGCGGAGAUCGCGGCUGGGCUGGAGUCGGAUUUUGAAACAGAGUCUGAGGAUUCAGAGGAUGAAGGAGUAGGAGGAGGGAGAGGGGUGGGUGGUGGUGCGGGUGGGAGCAGCAGGGAUGGUAGCGGCGUUGGCAGCGUUGGCGGCUCUAAGGCUCGCAGAAUGGCAUCAGUGUCGUCAUACAUUGUCGUGACACAUCAGCACAGCACGAUUCGGCGAGCUGUUGACAGGCUGCUGUUCCUGUACGGAGGGGAGGUGGUGUGGGAGGGGCCCACGGAGGAGUUUGACACGACAGACAACCCGAUUGUGAGACAGUUUGCUGUUGGCAGUCUAGAUGGUCCAAUUCGCUACUAG